AGACUUUGCACUGUGACCUGACGCAGUCUCACUGAUUUCCUUCUGAGAUUCUGUGUGUUGAAGGGAACUCCUUGGGGGUGCCAGGAUGCUCAUCGAUUUCGCCCCAUUGAGGUUGCCAUUGUAUCGCCGGGCUCAGACAGCAGCUGUCCUCCAGUGGGUGUUCUCCUUCCUCGCCCUCGCUCAGUGCUGCAUUGCCCUCUUUGUCUUCCUCCUCUUCACCCGUUUCUGGUUUGUGUCUGUGCUCUACGCAACAUGGUGGUACUGGGAUCGCAACACGCCUUGUCGAGGAGGCCGGAGCUUUCGCUUCCUCCGGAGGUUGAGGUUGUGGAGCUACUUUCGGGACUACUUUCCAAUUCAUCUUAUUAAGACUGCAGACCUGGAUCCCAAGAAGAAUUAUAUCUUUGGUUUCCAUCCACAUGGUGUAUUGGUAGCUGGGGCCUUUGGAAACUUCUGCACUGAGGUGACAGGGUUCAGAGAAAUGUACCCCGGGCUGAAGCCACAUCUGCUGAUGCUAUCUCUCUGGUUCAGGAUCCCGUUCUUCCGGGACUAUAUUAUGAGUGGAGGUCUGGUGUCAUCAGCCAAGGAGAGCGCACGGUAUUUACUGAAGAGGGCAGAAGGUGGCAAUGUCGCUGUCAUUGUCAUUGGAGGUGCUCCAGAAGCUCUGGAUGCUAGACCAGGAGCAUUAACACUGCUGCUGAAGAACAGAAAAGGAUUUGUCAAACUUGCUCUCCAGUACGGGGCAUCCCUAGUUCCAGUAUUUUCCUUUGGUGAGAAUGAGGUAUUUGAUCAGGUGAACAAUCCAAAGGGUUCACUGCUAAGAAAGAUCCAGGAACGUUUGCAGAAGGUGAUGGGAAUAUCACUCCCCCUUUUCCAUGCUCGUGGUGUAUUCCAGUAUAGCUUUGGCCUCUUACCAUACAGGAAGCCCAUUUACACGGUGGUCGGCAAACCCAUAGACAUGGAGAAGAAAGAAAAUCCAACACAGCAGGAAAUUGAUGAAAUUCAUCAGAAAUACAUCGAGGAACUCAUCAAACUCUUUGAGGAGCACAAAACAAAAUAUAAGCUGGCUGAGGAUAAACACCUAACUUUUAUCUGAGGUCCGUCUUCUUAACUGCACUCUUGAUUUCACUUUCCAUCUGCCAUUCCAUGUAUAUGAAGUGACUGACUAGGAGUUGGUGCUAGAUGGAAGGAGUUGCUGAGCAGGAUGCUCAGUGUUUCAGAGAACAUAUCAAAAGGCAUCCAAUUUGGACACUCAGUGAACAGAAUAAAAAUGAUAGCC